AUGCGAUUGUGCGAGGACCCGGUGUGCAGCGGGGACGGAGGAACGGCGGGCCGGGCACUCCCUCAGGGCCCGAGGAAUUCCCUAAGAGAGGAGGAGGAGGGCACGCUCCUUGCCUCCACCACCGUGUUCGUCUUGGAACCGGGCGACCCCCUCGUCCUUGCGGGGUUCAACGAUGAGUGUGGGGUGGCGCCCGGGUGGCUCUUCAUCCUCUGCGUCAUCUUGGGUGUCCUCUUCCUCAUCAUGAUGAUCAUCAACAUCUUCCUCUGUUCCUCCAUGACGUGUUCCUGCACCCGGACGGAAGUGGUGGAGAAGGAACCCUCCAUCUCGGAGGACUACGAUCCUUAUAAGGACCCGUACAAGACUUGGAAUGGAUCCCAUUACGGCUCUAGGUAUUCCCUGAACGGAGGGAAGGGGAAUCCCGGCUAUGCGUCGGGAGGAUCCACGAUGAACUCCACUCGUUCCUAUUCCACCAACAGCGACCAUUACGCCAUCGUCCAUUCUCGACCGGGGAGCCGAGGGUAUUCGGCCGCGGCGAAGCAGCUUCAUCCGACGUCUUCCAUCCCCAGAUCCACCCACGGGUCCCAUUAUUCCGGGCGAAUAGUGCUUGUGUACCUGAGGCUAUACUACACACUGAGAGCUGAAGUGCCUUGUCAUGGCGUCCCUCACGAACAAGUGAAACCAACACGUGGUCGCGAUCCUGAGCGAGAGAAGGUCCACGUUUUCCGGAUCUCCAAUUUUACUGACGACUUCGACGUUUAUCGGCAUCGACCCGGAGUUUUGAAGCAGCAGAACAAGCAGCAUAAACAUGGAAAACAUCGGAGUAAGGGACAGAUUCACAAGGACCACAAAGGACGAGUAUCAAUGAAGACAAGUGCCAGAAAACUGAAGAAAGACCUGAAGCGAUCUGACAAGAAGAAUCUGUUAAAGCAGCUAAGGGCUUCAAAGAAGGAAGUAGUUCUGAAUCAAAAAAGAUCCCUGGGAACAAAAGAAGCUCCUCCAUUCCUUUGUCUUUUUAUUCCUCUGGGCAAUGGAUUGUCUGGUCAUUUCUCAAAACUUAUCUCUCUCAUCAAAGAAGCAGAUCCUAGUGCUGUCAUCACUAAGGAAACUACAGUUUCUCUGCAUAUUACAGUGCCGAGGUUGAAGCAGCGAUUCGAAUUUGCCCUUCAUUCAGACACCCGGGAUGUUUGUGGAGCUUUGGAUUUGUGCAAAGUGGCCACAAAUGUCAUCUUUCUGUAUUCAGAGGAAGAGGAAGGAGUGAGUGAAGAUGGAUCUUAUCUUCUUUCUGCUAUAUUUGCUCAGGGUCUCCCGACCCCAUCACAUCUAUUAUUAGGUGCUUCUCCAAAGAAAGUGAGUUGUAAUUCAAUAGCUGAAAUUCUUGAGAAUUUCAUGAAAAUUUCCCUCAUAUUCACUGAAUGGAUUGUGUUAUGGAAGGGGGACUUGGAAAAGAAGCAGAAGGAAGUGAUGAAAGAGAUCCAGGCCCACUUCCCUGGUGCAGAAGAGAAAUUGUGGAAUGUGAGGACAUCAGGUGAAGCCCUACUCUUCCUGCGUCAGCUAGGAAGCCAGAAACAGAGGGCAAUCGCUUUUCGGGACCUCCGGCCCCACCUUCUCUCAGAUGCCUUCAGCUUCUCUCCCUCUCAAGAUGAAGUAAGCAAAGGUUGCUUUUUUAUUGGACAAACAUACCAUGUUUCCUUUUCAAUAGUGAUGAUUGGGAUGGUUUUAUUGUUCCAGCCAGGAUUAGGACUGUUGAAAGUGCGAGGAUAUGUGAGAGGCACCCCUUUGGAUGUGAAUCAAUUGGUGCACAUACCUGGUUGGGGAGAUUUCCAGAUGUCAGGGAUAUAUGCUGUGGAGGAUCCCCAUCCACUCAUCUUGGGAAAUACUAGGAGGCCUAGGGAUGUAGAUAUGUCUGAGCAUGAAAACAAGCUCCUUGCUUCUCCUGAUCCUGUCAAACAGGUACCCCUGGAGGCAGAGAAUGUGCCAGAUGAGAUGGAAGGUGAACAGACAUGGCCAACAGAGGAGGAGCUGGUAGCAGCUGGGAAGGCACAAAAGAAGAAAAAAAAGGUUCCUAAAGGAACAUCUGAGUACCAAGCUGCCUGGAUUCUUGAUGAUGAUGAUGAAGAAGACUCCCCUGAAUCUCCUCUGAAUGAUUCCUCUGGUGGAGAAAUGGAUGACGAAGAACCAGAUGAGGAGGAGAGCAUGGCUGAGGAAUCUGCAGAGGAAGAAGCAGAAGGGAGUGAAGAAGAGGGUGAUGAUGAAGAGGAAAGUGGAGAUGAUGAGACAAUGAGCAUGAGUGAUGUCAAGGCAGUCCACUUUGACCUUGAUCAGGAGAAGGAGGAACUAAAGAAAGUGAAAGCUGCACGAGAGGAUGAAAUGUUCCCCGAUGAGCUGGAUACCCCAAUGGAUACCCCAGCUCGAGUGCGCUUCCAGAAGUAUCGUGGCUUGGAAAGUUUCCGCGAUUCGCCCUGGGAUGCAAAGGAAAACCUACCUUGGGACUAUUCUAGGAUAUUUGCCUUUCAGAACUUUCAUCACAUGCGGAGGCGAAUCUUGAAGGCCAUACGCUCAGGCACAGCAUUUGAGGAUGCUAGCAAUAUUCAAGUGGGAAGGUAUGUGGAAGUGCAUGUGAAGAGUAUCCCUGUUCACCUAAUCCAAGAAAAGCAGAAGGAAGGGAAUUCCCCUCUUGUGCUUUUUGGCCUUCUCCCUCAUGAACACAAAAUGUCGGUGAUGAACUAUGUGAUCCGAGGCCCUGCAGCUGUGGCAGAUGAUACCCAGCCAAUCAAGAGCAAGGAAAAGCUCAUCUUUCAUGUUGGAUUCCGUCGCUUUGCCAGCUGUCCUAUUUUCAGUCAACACUCUCAUGGAGAUAAACACAAGAUGGAGAGGUUUUUGCGGGCAUCAGGUACCGUUGUGGCAAGUUGCUUUGCUCCGAUCACAUUCCCUCCUUGUCCAGUGGUGGUUUUUCGGCUCAACUCUAACGGUUCUCAGAGCCUGGUAGGGAUGGGAUCUGUACUGUCAGCUGACCCAAACCGAGUUGUUGUGAAGCGCAUCGUUUUGAGUGGGUACCCAUUCAAAGUAUACAAAAGGAGUGUCGUCGUCCGCUUCAUGUUCUUCAACAGGGAGGAUGCGGAAUGGUUCAAGCCAGUGGAGCUCCACUCUAAAUAUGGAAGACGUGGACACAUCAAAGAACCUCUAGGUACACAUGGGCUGAUGAAGUGCAACUUUGAUGGCCGAGUAAAGUCUCAGGAUACAAUCCUCAUGAACCUGUACAAGCGGGUCUUUCCCAAAUGGACCUACGAUCCUUUUGUGCCAUCCACAGCACAGCGCCAGCACUGUCUAACUAAUGUGGAGGCUUUUUGAGAAUAAACAGC